AUGCCUCAUAACACUCCAUAUGCUUCUCAAAAAAGGAAUUCCUUGAUAUCUACUUCGGUCAAGGCAAAAUUAGUACCUUAUAUAUCUAAUUACUACUCAUUACUGAACGAUUCACCGAAAUCUUUGAGUGAGCUACAUAGCAAUGAAAAAGUUAUUUUAAGAUGGCAACUUCCUCAGCAACUUUUUGGGAAAUCUUUAAAACCUCAUGGAUCAACAUUAACAGAUGAUAAUAUGUUAUACAUAAGAAGUUUUGGGUAUCAAUCUGUGUUAAAUCUUUUUUGCUGUCUACCUACAAUUAGUUGCAACAUACCCGUAGAAAUAUUCGACAUUCAUCAAGUAACAUCUGAAUUAUAUAUUGUAACUAUUCAUGGAACAAUUAUAAAUAAUGGUAAUAAUUACCCAUUCUUUCAGAUUUUUCAUAUCAUGGACCUUGACAGGGGUUUUACAAUUAUGAACAAUAUAUUUUUCGUUUAUAACAAGGUCUUUGAAUCUUUAGAAAAAAAAUUAGCUCGGAAUGAUAAUAAUAAUACUGAGGAUAAUGGGCAGAUAGAGAGUUUAGAUUUAUCAAAUAAUAUAACUAACAAAGAUGUGCAUAAUACAGAAGGUGAUGGAGGUUCAGUAACACGAACAUUUCCUACAUAUCAAGACCAGAAAUUAAAAAAAGUAAAACCUCAAAUAAGAAUUAUUAUAACUGCUCCGAAUAGUACAAUUACUGAUAAGGAUAUUACAACAGCUAUAAAUAAUCAACUUAAAAGUGUAAAUGAUGGAUAUGCUAUUGCAGUCCACAGAAAUCAUAAGAAUAUAAUUGUUCAAGUAGACUCAACUCAAUCUUCUGAAAUUCUUUGCCAACGUGGAAUCUACAUACAAGGUGUAAAAUAUAAGGUUACUUUUGUUAAUACACACUUAAAGAAGCAUGCUAACCAUAAGCACUCACAAGCUAAAUCUUAUUCUAAGGAAUUAAAUAACACAGUCAAACAAGAAGCUAGUAAAGCUAAUGAGGAUAAUGAUGGAUGGAUUACAGUAAGAGGUACAAGUAAAUCUAGAAAAAGUAGUAAUUGUUAA